GAGAAAAAAAGAACAAACAGCACAAAGAAAAAAAAAAGAUAGCAGCAACGUUAGCAGCCCAAAAACAAAAAACAAAAGGAUCAGCUGAGGUUUUUUCCCCAGGAUAGCAGCCGCACCGCACCAUCCAUUCUUUCCUUUCAUUUUUUCUGAAGUUAGCAGCAGCAGCACCAUUUUUUCAGUCUUUUCUGUAACAAGCAAGCAGCUACUUUUUCCUUUACAAUCAGCCGCUAAAAUCAAGUGGCAAGCACCAGCAAUUUCUUUCUCUCCCUUAAGGAAUAACGUAGCAGCAGCCAAGAGAGGAUAACCAAGCUCCUAAACAUCACUUUUCUUUCAAUUGCUUCCAAUAAAGUUUAGAUUCCAAGUUAUGGUUGUAAGUUUCAGGUUAACGAUUAGUGACCUACACAUGCUCAAGGAGUUAGGGUCUCUCGGGACAGAAACGUGGUAGCAGGAAAGGAAGAUUUUAUGCAGAUUCAGACAGAUUCUGGGUAAUCAUCCUACUACAGGAGGGAAGAAGCAAUUAAAUGCCCAACACUCUCAUCGGUUUCAGUUUGAUGGGCUGAGAUUUCAGCAUUUUUGUGACAGAUGAUGCCAAUACCAGUACUGUGUUCUGCCACCAGAAGCCCAGUACAUGCAGCCCAAAUUAUGGUAGCUCUUACCACACAUAUUCAAGAGUAGAGGGACUUUCAUUUGCAUUACCAGGAACAAGUGUGCAGAAUUUAUGCAUCCAGGAGAGCAAUUCAUUCUUAAGAUCAUGAUUCUAGGCGCAAUGUCUGUACAUCUCACCACGAGAGACCGAGGAGAUAGUAGAUGCAGAGAGUUAAAGUUAUUCUAGAAGUUAUUCACCGCCGUUUGGCUUGUAUGCUCUUGCGAUUUCUCCCAUAGGCGCCAUCAAUAGCAGCUCUCCAGAUCGAAGCUUCCCAGGCCAUCGGCGAAAUCAAUAGUAGCUCUCCAAAUCCAAGCUGCUGCAGGUUCCUCCAAAGAUUACAGAAAUAAGGAUCUGGAAGAAGAAGGAGAGAAGAGGAGGAAAAAGAACGAAGAAGAAGAAAGAGGAAGAAAGGAGAAAGGAAGAAGAAGGGAAAGAGGAAGAAGAGAUUACCUGGUGCGCUCUUUCGGACCGGAUUAUGCAGCAAUGUAAUCGUCGAUGGUACUCUGCUGGUUAAGUACUGCAGCGAUAAUCAUUAAGGGUAUUUUUGUCUAAUUAGGUAAUUUGUAGUCCUAGUUUUGCAAAUUAAACAUAGGAGUCCUAGUUUUGCAUUUGUUCCAAGUUUUAGUCUUAUUACGGCAAUUCUCUCUAAUUUUAAUUAUGGGUAGCUAAUCCCAUAUAGUGUUUGAAUUGGGGCUAGGGUUCAUGGGUUCUUGAGGGUGUGAAAUUUAGUUCUUUAAAAUUCAAUUUUUUUUUUUGGAAAAUUGUACAAGAUUAAUAUUAAUUAUCUAUAUGAAUUUGAUCACCUCACAUAUGAAUACUUGGAUUUAAUUCAAUUCUUGUCUAUGAGAAAUUGAGUUAAAUUAGCUCAGAUCUUAUACAAGCAAUCUGAUCUUAGAAAUAAGUUAGAAUUGUGAAAAUUUGAUAAAAUUCUUGUCUAUGAGAAUUUAUUUCAUUUUCUAUCCAGGAAUAUUUGAAAAUUAAUUUACUAAAUUUUAAUCCUGAAAGAACACCUAGAACCCGAACCAUCCAAUUUGAACCCUGUUUUAAUAUCUAGAAUCAAUUUACUUAAUUUUCUUUCUCUAUUUAUUUUUGCACUCGCUGUUAGUUAGUCUUUUUUUUAAACCACCCAAAAAGAAUUUAUUCGGAAAGAUUAUCAUGACUUGUGCUAGCCUGUGAUCACGGAUCGUAUUUAAAACUUCUUUUUUGCCACUCCUUGAGAGACGAUACUCGUGGUCUGGUUAUCCUUCUUAUUAGCCAACUACGUUUUACUCACUAAAAAAUACACCGAUUAAAUGGCGCCGUUGCCGGGGAGUGGCACAGUUGUGUGUUAAGUACUUUAUGUGGAAUAGGUAAAAGCAAGUCGGUGAGACUUUCUAUAUUUUUUCCCGUUAUUUGUUUGUCGUUUUUGGUGUUCUUUGCGUGUGAACUAAGCUGCAGGAACCAGUGUAUGCGCACUCGCUCCUCGGGGGAACAAGAUCUAAUUGCAGGGUAUUCUAAUCCUGAACGCUUAUUCCGAGGAAGAGCUAAAAGGCGUUUACUAGAAGACUUGGAGAAAAUUGCUAAUCAGACAACUCUAGAGACGUUGACGCCUAAUUAUGUGGCGAGAAAUAGCAUUGGUGCACCCACCAUUGAGGCCAACAAUUUUGAAAUCAAGACAACCAUGAUUCAGAUGCUUGCUAAUAAUCCAUUCUGUGGAUACACUCAUGAAGAUCUGUUGGUCCCAAAUUUCAGGAUGAAUGAACAGCUAUGAACUAUCUACAAUAAUAUAGAGAAGGAUUCUUAAUAAUGAUCGAGAGAUAAUCUGAACAGAAGAAAUCCUUACGCUAUACUAUCGA